GGUCCCUCCUUCCCUCGUCACCGGCCGCUGUAUAAAUCCCCUGCCCCGGCGGAUCCCCCCACCGCGGGAGACCCUGGUACUUUGGCCCCCGGGGCGGGAUCCCGCCGCCGCCUGCCGACCGCUGGGACUUCGCGCUCCCGCCGCUGACCCCUCCUCGCUCUCUCCCUCCCUCCUCCCUCGCACAGUUCCCACCGGCUUCUUCCCUUCGCUACUGCGGGGCCAGGAUGUCGGAAAAACGCGUCGAGGAGACACCGGCGGAGCUGAGCGCUAAGGAAAGGAAAGAAAAGAAGGAAAAACUCGAGGAAAAAGCAGUCCACAAAGAAAAGAAGAAGGAGAUAGUAGAGGAUGAGGAAAACGGAGCUGAUGAGGAUGACGAAGAAAAUCCUGAUGAUGUGGAUGAAGAAGAAGGUGGUGAUGAGGAUGAAGAAGGAGAUGAGAAUGGGCAAGAGCAGGAUGGUCACGCAGAAAAACGAUCUGCAGAGGAGGAAGAGGAUGAAGCGGAUCCAAAGAGACAGAAGACAGAAAACGGCUCUUCAGCUUGAGCCCUCCCCUCCCAUCUCCCUUGUUCCGUCCAUCUCCUCCAUUCCAGCCUGUGCUUGCACUGCCCAUUAGCCUCUGGCUUCACACAAUCUCAGAUGAGGAAAGAUUACAAAUGCUCUCAGACAGGGAAGACAGCAGUUCCCUUGUCACCCAAAGACCUAGCCCAUCCAUGACAUUCCCCAGCUGAAAUUAUCCCAGUCUCCCACAUCCCUUCACCUGCGCCCCACUUACCAGUGAUCCUCUUCCCUCAAGAAUCUCAUGGUUCCCUGGGGCUCAGCACAUAACCUCGCCAGGCCCCUCACGUGGCAAAGCACUUCCCCUCCCUCCCCUUUUCCCCUUCCCGCCUGUUUUUGUCACUGGUGUGAGAUUCUUGAGAGCUCCUGCUCCCCAGCCCUGCUGUCAGACCUCCCUGAGCCAGGAGGCUGCGGGCACAGAUCUCAUGGUGCGUUUCCCGGUCCUAGGCCUCUUCUCAUCCGCUUUCCCGCUGAACCCCGAGAGACAAAGAAUAUUACAAGCAAAUAAUGGUUCUAUUAAGCGACACACGGAGACAGAAUUUAUUUUAAGCUUUUCUUUUUUUUCCAAGUUUACAUGACAGCAAGCUGGCCCUCGUGAAUUUUUCAGAACAUAAGGGUUGCUUUUAUAUAUGAAUUUCAUUGAGCUGCAUAUUUUUUUAAUUUGGCGGCUUUUUUAAAACAAAUCAAGAGAGAAACAAUUGGGGACCAAACUUUGAUUUCCAUUUUUUCCCUUCAGAUUUUCUUGUGACCAUUUUUUGUAAAUUUAAGGCAAUAUAGCCACAGCAUUUUCUAUGGCACAGACAUCACGAGGGUGAUAGAUAUAAAUAUAUAUAUUGUUUUCAACAAGCACUGUAAAUAAAAGCGUUUAAAAAUAUUUCAAA